UAUACAAACAGCGGGCCACUUGGAUGCGAGUCAGUGGACGCGACUCUAGUCGGCAAAAACUCUUCCUCAUGCGCUACAAAUAGACCAUUCCAUCCCUUAAUUUGCAUCCGUUUUCGAUCUUUUUCUGCAUUUUUCUCGCUGUGCACGGAAGGCUUUCUUUACAGGUGAUUUUAAGGCUCGUCUUUAGCUUCAACAUGCAGAUCUUUGUUAAGACCCUCACCGGCAAGACCAUCACUCUUGAGGUUGAGAGCUCCGAUACCAUUGACAAUGUAAAAGCCAAGAUCCAGGACAAGGAAGGGAUUCCCCCGGACCAGCAGAGGCUUAUCUUUGCUGGGAAACAGCUUGAGGACGGACGUACCCUAGCAGAUUAUAACAUACAAAAGGAAUCCACCCUCCACUUGGUACUCCGUCUCAGGGGAGGCAUGCAAAUCUUUGUUAAAACCCUCACCGGAAAGACCAUUACACUUGAAGUAGAGAGCUCUGACACCAUUGACAAUGUUAAGUCCAAGAUCCAGGACAAAGAGGGCAUUCCCCCAGAUCAGCAGAGACUUAUUUUUGCUGGAAAACAGCUCGAAGAUGGUCGGACAUUAGCAGAUUAUAACAUUCAAAAGGAGUCAACCCUCCAUCUUGUGCUUCGUCUCAGAGGUGGCAUGCAAAUUUUUGUGAAGACCUUGACUGGGAAGACUAUUACUCUGGAAGUUGAGAGCUCUGACACUAUUGAUAACGUGAAGGCCAAGAUACAGGACAAAGAAGGCAUCCCGCCAGAUCAGCAGAGACUGAUAUUUGCUGGUAAGCAGCUUGAAGAUGGACGUACUCUUGCUGAUUAUAACAUUCAGAAGGAGUCCACUCUCCACCUUGUGCUUCGUCUCAGGGGAGGCAUGCAAAUCUUCGUGAAAACCCUCACUGGAAAGACCAUUACGCUCGAAGUGGAGAGCUCUGACACUAUCGACAACGUGAAGGCCAAGAUCCAAGAUAAAGAAGGCAUUCCACCAGACCAGCAGAGGCUCAUUUUUGCUGGGAAGCAGCUUGAAGAUGGUCGGACAUUGGCUGAUUAUAACAUCCAGAAGGAGUCGACUCUCCAUCUUGUGCUUCGUCUGCGAGGUGGUAUGCAAAUUUUUGUCAAGACCUUGACUGGAAAGACCAUUACUCUGGAGGUGGAGAGCUCUGACACCAUUGAUAAUGUGAAGGCCAAGAUACAGGACAAGGAAGGCAUUCCUCCGGACCAGCAGAGGCUCAUUUUUGCUGGUAAGCAGCUUGAAGAUGGACGUACCCUUGCUGAUUAUAACAUUCAGAAGGAGUCCACCCUUCAUCUAGUACUUCGUCUCCGUGGUGGGUUUUAGGAAUUAGUUGGGCUUUUAUUUGGACUUCUGAAUGGUGAAUUUCAUGAUUACUUAAAACAGACUCCGUAUGUGUGGUUUAUUUCUAUGUAAGCAUGGAAUAAUGCCUGAUACAAUAUGGUUUUUAGCCAAGCCAGUUGAAUCCAGAAUUGGUUCCUUGGCAGUCUACUUUGAAAUUCUGUAAGAGAAUGUAGAUCAGUAUAUCUUGUUUUAAGACAUCUUUUUGUUUUUUAUUUCUAUUGUAAUAAACUAUAUGUGGAGUUUUGUGGUUUAA